ACAGUGUCUGUCUCCCUCCCUCUUUCUCUCUCUCCCUCUCUGAUAUUAAUUCAGCAUCGAGAGGCAGCCAUGGGAAGAGCUCCGUGCUGUGACAAGACAAAGGUGAAGAAGGGGCCAUGGUCUCCUGACGAAGAUGCCACUCUCAAGAACUACAUUCACAAACAUGGCACUGGUGGCAACUGGAUCGCCUUGCCUCGCAAAGCUGGGCUGAAGAGGUGUGGCAAGAGUUGCCGGCUGAGAUGGCUGAAUUACCUGAGGCCUGACAUCAAACAUGGGGGUUUCACAGGGGAAGAAGACAACAUUAUCUGCACCCUCUACUUAAAACUAGGCAGCAGGUGGUCCAUCAUAGCCUCUCACCUUCCAGGAAGAACAGACAAUGAUGUGAAGAAUCACUGGAACACCAAGCUGAAGAAGAAGAUAACAAUGGCUUCAGCAGCCCAAACCAACAAGAACCCUAAUCCUAAGUCUAUUGUUGCCGUUGACAUUCUUCCAAACGUAGAAGAAGAAGAAAAAGACCCAAUAAUCCAUGGGCUUCCAUCUAAUUUUCUCACCGACCAAUCUUCCACUUAUGGAAGCUUCAAUGGCUUCAACAAUCAACACUGCUGCUACCCUCUUCCAGAGCUCACACAAGUGUGUGGAUUUGGGGCAAGUUUUGAGAGAAGCCAUGGCGGCUAUGGCACUAAUGGCACUUCACCAUCUCAGCAAGACUCUACAAGUGUUGUUUCAGUUGCCAUGGAAGCCAGUACUGGCUUGCCAUGGCCCUUUGAUGGGCUGCCUUUGAUGGACUUGAGUGGCUUGCCUUCUGAAUUUGGAAGCUCUAUUCCAAAUCUGGCGGUUAACUCAUUUUAUCCUGAGAUCAAUUAACCACUGCUGAUGAAAUUAAUGGAGGCUGGGAUAUAUUUCAUUAUUGGAGAUUCACCUUUCUACUAAAUAGCUUUGUUAAGUUAAUUCUUAGGGAUAUAUUUAUAUGAAUUACAUAUAUAUGUAAAGAUCUUUAUUCAAGUUAAAUAGAAGUAAUUGGUAGAUCUUAUUAU